CCACCGGCCGGAAUCCUCGCCAACUGUUUCCGAACUCAGCUUCUCGAUUCCCCAGACGCCGGCGGCGGCUCCACCUAGCAGGAACCACUGUCAAAUCCAACUGGGACCAAGUGGUCACGGGUCCCGACGGUCAGCGUCCCAGUCAUAAAAAACGAGUUUUGCUAUCGCCGGGAAUUUCUGUUGCUGAGCUCAGCACCACUCCCCUGCCCGUGCCGUGCCGUGCGUGGUGGGCUGGCGGCGGAGCGGAGCAGAUCGGCGGAUGGCUCCGAGGGACCAGAAUGGCGGCGGGAGCGCGGGCGGCGCCGCGGAUCCGGAGGCUGACAUCGAGGCCCCGCUCAUCUCACCCGGCUCGUCCUUCUUCUUCCAGGACACGGCGGCGCUCGAGGACGGCGAGGGCGACGGCGACGGCGAGGAGGAGCAGCAGCGGCGGGCCCGGUGGCGCUUCCUCUCCUCCUUCGGCCGCCUGCGGUCCAACGUCACCUCCCAGGUCGCGCUCGUCGGCACCGACGUCUGCCCCAUCGAGAGCCUCGACUACGAGUUGAUCGAGAACGACGUGUUCAAGCAGGACUGGAGGGCGCAGGGGCGGAACCACAUCCUGCGCUACUUCGCGCUCAAGUGGGCCCUCUGCUUCCUCGUCGGCGCGCUCACCGCCGUCGCCGCCUUCCUCGCCAACCUCGGCGUCGAGAACGUCGCCGGCGUCAAGUUCGUCAUCACAUCCACACUCAUGUUCGAGCGCAGGUUCGAAUCGGCGUUCAUAGUGUUCCUGGUGUCGAAUUUCCUGCUCACCAUGUUCGCCACGGCGCUGACGGUGUACGUGGCGCCGGCGGCGGCCGGGUCCGGCAUCCCGGAAGUGAAGGCCUACCUGAACGGCGUCGAUGCGCCCAACAUAUUCUGUCUCAAGACUCUGCUGGUCAAGGUUGUUGGAUGCAUUGCUGCAGUAUCAGCAUCACUGCAUGUGGGAAAAGCUGGUCCUCUGGUACACACAGGUGCAUGCAUUGCAUCAAUUCUUGGGCAAGGUGGUUCACGGAAAUAUCGAAUGACAUCUAAAUGGCUAAGGUACUUCAAGAACGAUAGGGAUCGGAGGGACCUUGUCACUUGUGGUGCUGGUGCUGGUAUUGCUGGUGCUUUCAGGGCUCCAGUUGCUGGAGUCCUUUUUGCUCUGGAAACAGUAUCUUCACGGUGGAGGAGUGCCCUACUCUGGCGAGCUUUUUUCACAACAGCCAUCGUUGCUGUUGUUCUUAGGGUAUUAAUAGACGUCUGUAAAAGUGGCAGGUGUGGAUUGUUCGGGAAAGGUGGCCUUAUAAUGUUUGAUGUUACUUCGGGUUACAUCAACUAUCAUGCGGUUGAUUUACCUCCCGUAAUCACACUGGCAGUUCUUGGAGGAGUACUGGGGAGCUUGUACAACCUCUUCCUUGACAAGGUUCUUCGCCUUUACAAUGUUAUCAACCAGAGAGGGCAAACCUACAAACUACUCCUGGCUGCAACAGUCACCAUCUGUACUUCAUGCUGCCUCUUUGGUUUGCCAUGGCUUGCUGCUUGCAAACCAUGUCCAAUUGACUCAGAAGAAGCUUGUCCAUCAAUUGGUAGGUCUGGAAAUUUCAAGAAGUUCCAGUGUCAAAUGGGUAAUUACAACGACUUGGCUAGCCUGCUCUUCAACACCAAUGAUGAUACUAUUAGAAACCUCUACAGUUCUGGCACCGAUCAUGAGUUCCACCUCUCUUCCAUCCUUCUGUUCUUUUUGGCAUCAUAUUUUCUGGGGAUCUUCAGCUAUGGACUUGCCUUGCCAUCUGGCCUCUUUGUGCCACUCAUUUUAACUGGUGCAGCUUACGGUCGUCUGGUUGGCAUGUUGAUUGGGUCGGAAUCAACUUUAGAUCAUGGUCUUUUUGCAGUUCUUGGCUCUGCUGCCCUUCUAGGUGGAUCAAUGAGAAUGACAGUGUCAGUUUGUGUUGUCAUGCUAGAACUGACAAACAAUCUGCUCAUGCUUCCUCUGGUUAUGCUGGUCCUUAUCAUAUCAAAGACAGUGGCAGAUGCGUUUAAUGCAAAUGUCUAUGACUUGCUUGUCAAAUUGAAAGGUUUUCCCUUUCUUGAAGGGCAUGCUGAACCCUACAUGAGGCAAUUGUCAGUUAGUGAUGUUGUAACAGGUCCUCUGCAGACAUUCGGUGGCAUAGAGAAAGUUGGCCGUAUUGUGCAUGUUUUGAAGACAACCGGCCAUAAUGGUUUCCCUGUCGUUGAUGAGCCACCAAUUUCAGAUGGUCCCGAGUUAUAUGGUCUUAUUCUUCGAGCCCACCUGCUUGUUCUACUGAGAAAGAAAGAAUUUGCCAGUAGUUGCACAACUUCAGCAUUAGAUGCUUCAAAGCAUUUCUCACCUGAUGAAUUUGCAAAACGUGGUUCAGGAAAACAUGACAGAAUCGAGGACAUUGAAUUAACUGCAGAUGAAAUGGAAAUGUUUCUAGACUUGCAUCCAUUCACAAACACAUCUCCUUACACUGUGGUUGAGACUAUGUCUUUAGCUAAGGCUCUUAUACUUUUUCGUGAAGUUGGAUUGAGACACCUUUUGGUUCUUCCAAAAUCUUCCAAGAGGUCGCCUGUCGUUGGCAUAUUAACACGGCACGACUUCAUGCCUGAGCAUGUAUUGGGUAUUCAUCCUUACCUGUUCAAGAGCAGAUGGAAGAAGGUGCGAUUUGGCAAGUCAGCUUUCACCAACUUCUUUAGUCACUAGCGCUAGCAACUGAUAAUUUGGAGAAGUAACCAAAUGACUGUUGUGUAUUGGUAUUCAUGUUGGUAUUGGUAUCGGGACACCGCUCUCUAUUCCAUCAAAUCAUGGUUGACAUGAUUUCUUUGAAGACACUGUGCCGAAGCAUCAUGAUCAACACCAUAAAAAAGGGGAUAUCAGAUGACGAUCUCUGAACAUAGCUGCCCAACUGACGGACAUAUGGAUCAACACAGCUGAGAGAAAUAUAGCCACAUUUUCAGGUGCAAGCGGCAACAAGAUCAGAUUAGAAUAAGCUGUUUCUGAUGGUUCCUCGUAGAUUUGAUCCCUAGCAAGUAACCCGUACAUUAGAUCAAUUGACUUGUACAUGAUUUGUAUGACAAAAUCGGACUGCGACAGGCUCCAUUCGCAACCGCAAAUGACUUCACUCAGUGAUGUCAGGUUAGCACCUCUGCGCACCAGAAAAUAAAAGUUCACCUGCCCAUCUCGAGGCAAAAC